AUCACUUCUGGCGCCACUCAUUCUUGCAACCCGACCAAACCGCAUCUUUCUCUACCUCCACAGCUCCGAAAGAAUCCCGACUUCCUCUUCCUGUUAAUCAUCUACGCAGCACACAACAUGGCUGCGCAACCCAACGUUCCGACCUUCAAGCUGGUUCUUGUUGGUGAUGGCGGUACUGGCAAGACCACCUUCGUGAAGCGCCACUUGACUGGCGAGUUCGAGAAGAAGUACAUGGCCACGCUCGGUGUCGAGGUUCACCCUCUUGGCUUCACCACCAAUUAUGGCCCGAUCCAGUUCGAUGUGUGGGACACUGCAGGCCAGGAGAAGUUCGGCGGUCUCCGUGAUGGUUACUACAUCAACGGCCAGUGCGGUAUCAUCAUGUUUGAUGUGACCUCCCGUAUCACCUACAAGAACGUUCCCAACUGGCACCGUGAUCUGACCCGUGUCUGCGAGAACAUCCCUAUCGUUCUCUGCGGUAACAAGGUCGACGUCAAGGAACGCAAGGUCAAGGCCAAGACCAUCACCUUCCACCGGAAAAAGAACCUUCAGUACUACGACAUCUCGGCCAAGUCCAACUACAACUUCGAGAAGCCUUUCCUCUGGCUCGCUCGCAAGUUGGUCGGCAACAAUGCCUUGGAGUUUGUUGCCGCCCCUGCGCUAGCACCCGCCGAGGUGCAGGUCGACAAGGCUCUUCUAGAGCAGUACGAGAAAGAGAUCUCGGAUGCGGCCAACGCUCCCCUGCCUGACGACGACGACGACCUCUAAGAGGCUUCCAUAUGAGGCAGCUCGGUGGAGUGCACUGAGAGUGGUUUAAGAUUGGUAAUGCCCGUUAUGAAGGAUAAACGCACCUCCCGAGGCACGCACAGAUGGCAAUACAGGCAUUUGGGAAGGAUAUCGGGGGAAUACGUAUUGGUGGGUGGUCGAGGGACGACAUCGAAUUGGGAUCUCGAUGGACGGUUGGAGCGGCGGCUAUCAUGUCUUUGUUUCCCCUGGUUCUGGUCGGGCCAAGAUACAGCUCAACCAUGACACGCAAGCUAGAUCUGAACAACACUUGCUGCAUAAAUUGCAGCGCUAGGUAGAUCAAUACGAGACGUCAGUCUCAAGAAAAGCUGUUCUCUUGUCGUCCUGC